AUGAUUAAACCGUCUAGCAAAGUAAGUUUCACAGCAUCACUUGAAAAUGCAGCUUCGCUAUUCGGUUUAGAAGAUUAUGAACUGAAAAAUGGCCUCACAACACGAGUCGUGCAACUUGCGAAAGGAGGAGUCAGAGGUACCUUCAUCAGGAUACCGUUGAAAUCACAUGAUGCAUCAGCAGCUCGCUAUGCGCUUGCAAAAGAAAAAAAAAGAAAGAAAAGUAGAAUUUGA